AUGGCCGCUUCAUCUGGGCUCGAAUACUUGGACCUACACCCUUUUGUUCGCACGGCUACGCACGACAAGUUGCUCGGAUGUAUUUUCGGAGGAGCGCUAGGAGACUGCAUCGGCCUCUAUACGGAGUUCUUACCAAAAACUUCUUCCGAAAAACAGUAUCCCGACAGGAGUUUCAGCCUCGUUGAGCCUGUGACCCCCUUUGCAACCGACACACAUCGAGAUAAGUUUGAGCUGGGGUCAUGGACAGAUGACACAGAUCAUGCCCUCCUGCUCAUACUAUCAUAUCUCCACAACAAGGGACAGAUCAUACCCGUCGACUUUGCUCGUCGACUGAAGAUAUGGGUUCGCCACGGCCUUUUGGCUCUGGACAGGCUGCCGCUUGGAAUCGGACGCACAACAUCCACCGUAGUUUCAUAUCCAGAUUUUGCCGAGAAUCCUGAAAGUGUCGCAUUGAAAACCUGGAUGAAUUCGUCACGCCAGGGUGCCGCGAAUGGAUCUUUGAUGAGGACUCAUCCUCUAGGAAUCAUGUGCAUCCCGAAAACUUUGGAUCAGACGUUCGAACUCGCUGCACAGAUGAGUCGGACGACACACAUUGACCCUAGAUGUACGGUCUCUUGUUGUGCAGUAACAGGUCUUGUGCGUGGUCUGCUUCGAGGGGAGGUUCUCGUUGAAGCUGAUAUGGACGCCGUCCUCGACCAAGCUUUCCUAUAUGUGCACGGUUCUGACACACUUCGAAACCCUGGUCACGAUGAGCCGGCAGCAGCCCCAAUAUCGGCGGAGCAGAGUGAUGCCUUGCUUGACAGGCACGAGUAUGAGAAGCAUAUCAAGGCUGCCAAGUACUCAGAUCUAGAACUAGACGACAGCCAAAAGAUGGGCUAUGUGUACAAGUGUCUCGGCUCUGCAGUGCUCGCAUUGAGGUCCACGAUGAGGACAGCAGCUUCGGACGCUGGACCCCGAGUCACAAUCAUCAAUCUUUUCGAGGAGACAAUCAUAGACCUGAUCAUGCAGGGCGGGGAUGCGGACACCAACGGUUGCGUUGCUGGCGCCCUUCUCGGUGCUUGGUCCGGCUAUUCUCGCUUACCUAGCCACUGGGUGCGAGGAAUACAGCAUCAGGGAUGGUUAGUGGAAAAAUGCGAGGCUUUGAGCGGACAGGUCGGCGUUAACACCGAGCAAAUUCAGGAUAUCAGCAAUCCAGCGGAUACUGCUCCAGAUGGUGGUAGAGGACUAUUCAGUGAUAAGGAGCUGAACGACAGGGAGCGCGGUCUGCUUGAGAAAAUCCUUCUCAAGCAGAAGACCAGGCGAGAUGAAAAGGAGAAGGAGCUGAUGAAAACAUCCAAGAAGGGUGUUGGGAGUUUAUUGAAAGCCUUGAAGCUCACAACAUAA